AUGAAUUCUACCUACCUUCUUAUCUUCUGCUUAUUAGCUGUUUCAAUUAAUGGUUAAAUGUUUUUCUCACUUAACCUGAACAAAACUUAUUACCCUUUUGCUCAAACUUUAAAUGCUGGUUAGAACACUACAAAUCUUUGCUAUUUUACCAGCAUGGUCACAUUAACUCCUAUCUAAGUUCCUAAUUAAAAUUAAAAUUUCACUGGAUUCUAAGUCUCAGGAAGCAUCAACAAAAAUGUUACCAACUGCGUUGUUCCCUCAGUACUUAAUUUCGUCAAAUCAAGCACUGACCUCACACCCCUAGUUGUUGAUAACUCAAGUAACAACACUGAUUUUAACAAUAUUUAUGUUGUUGACAAUAUUAACAAAACUCACAUUUACAAAUUUAUAAACUAAAUUAAUAAUGCCUAAAGUGCUAACGCUAAUUUGUAUGUUUAUCACAAUGACACUGGUUUGGAUAACUACGUUCAAUAAGUUUUAAAACUUAUUGCAAUAUCGUCAUCUUCCUCAUUAGUUUUCACAUUAGUUUUUGGUUUAUUCGCUCUAAUCUACUGA